GGCACUGCACUGUAAGGCUCACUCUCUCCUCCGCUAGCCUGGGAGAGCCCAGCGGAGCGGCCGCCCCGGAGCAGGGGGGCGGCCCCCACCCCGCAGGGUGCCUGGCCCCUGGCCCCUGCCUGCGCUCCAGAACGCCGCCGCCGCAGCCACCACCCGGAGUCUGCCUGCUGCGGGACGCACUAGCCCUCCCUCCAUGGAGUUUGGGCUGCUUGGUGAGGCAGAGGCUCGAAGCCCUGCGCUGUCGUUGUCCGACGCAGGCACUCCACACCCUCCACUUCCAGAACAUGGCUGCAAGGGGCAGGAGCACAGUGACUCGGAGAAGGCCUCGGCCUCACUGCCGGGGGGCUCCCCCGAGGACGGCUCUCUGAAGAAGAAGCAGCGGCGGCAGCGCACGCACUUCACCAGCCAGCAGCUGCAGGAGCUGGAGGCCACCUUCCAAAGGAAUCGCUACCCUGACAUGAGCACGCGCGAAGAGAUCGCGGUGUGGACCAACCUCACUGAGGCCCGCGUGCGGGUGUGGUUCAAGAACCGGCGCGCCAAGUGGCGGAAGCGGGAGCGCAGCCAGCAGGCGGAGCUGUGCAAGGGUGGCUUCGCAGCCCCGCUCGGGGGCCUGGUGCCACCCUACGAGGAUGUGUACCCGGGCUACUCGUACGGCAACUGGCCGCCCAAGGCUCUCGCCCCGCCGCUCGCCGCCAAGACCUUCCCGUUCGCCUUCAACUCGGUCAACGUGGGGCCUCUGGCUUCACAGCCUGUAUUCUCACCGCCCAGCUCCAUCGCUGCUUCUAUGGUGCCCUCGGCCGCCGCUGCCCCGGGCACCGUACCAGGUCCCGGAGCCUUGCAGGGCCUGGGCGGGGCACCCCCCGGGCUGGCUCCAGCCGCCGUGUCCUCGGGGGCAGUGUCCUGCCCUUACGCCUCGGCCGCCGCAGCCGCCGCUGCAGCCGCCUCCUCCCCCUACGUAUACCGGGACCCGUGUAACUCGAGCCUGGCUAGCCUGCGGCUCAAAGCCAAGCAGCACGCCUCUUUCAGCUACCCCGCCGUGCCCGGGCCGCCGCCGGCCGCUAACCUUAGCCCCUGCCAGUACGCCGUGGAACGGCCGGUGUGAACCGCAGGUCUGUGGAUCCAUCCCCGAGGGCGGGGCAGUAAUUCACAGCCUCUCCGGACAGGGGUCGCCUAGACUGGCUUGCCCUCGUCCCAGGGUCUGAAAGGGGUGCCAGGGCACCCGGGAAGAGGCGGCGGGCUCCGAAGAGGGCCUUUUCUCUCGCAGCCCCCGAGCGGUGGUCUGACCCCUAUGCGGAGACCGCGCCCCUGGGACUAAGGCCAGGAACAGGGACCAGCUCCCCCAGGGCCAAUUCACCCUUGGCUCACCCCGCCUUCUCCAGACUCCCCCUAUCCCGUUUUCACAGAUCAAUGAAAUAAACGUGCGCGGACUGUCAAA